AUGUCUAGGGGAAUUAUGUCGAACUCUCCACAUUCUACUGGUACUGCUGGAACAAAGAGGCACCAAGCAAAGCCUAAAAGCAGAAAUGAGAAUAUAAUUGAGGAGAGCAAUGUUACCACCAAUAUUGGUCACAAUGCCAUUGGCUGCAAGAGACCAAAAAGAGAAGUUGCCCGUUCGAAUUUCAGUGAGAAGGCAUUUGACUUAUCUGAAGAAGAUUCACUUGUCACACCCAAGGAAAUCAGAAUUGAGGAGGAAACAGAGGCAGUUAGGUACAAGUUACGCCAACCAACGAAGCAGUAUGCGCCAUGGUGUGACACUCGUGCUUCAAAACUUUCUUUCGCUGAUGUUACCAAGAGAGUAGCAGAAUUUGAGAGAGGGCACCAUGCAUUCAUUUCAAAAGAUGCAACACUUGUUGAAAGAUAUGUUGUGGUGCAUGGACAGAUAAUCCUUCAACAGUUCGCAAAUUAUCCAGAUGAGUACAUUCGAUGGUGCGCCUUCAUCACAGGCCUUGUCAAGAAGAUGGAAGAAAGAGGUCACACGAAGCUAGCAAUGAAGAAGAAAUCUCAAGUUGUGAGAGGAGGGAAUCUGAACCCAAUUGCAAAAAUGACCCCAGUAUCAAAACAAAAUCUUAUGCGUGCGACAACCACAAAGUUGGUCAGCAGGAUAUGGGGUGAUUACUAUACAACCCAUUUCCCAGAGGAUUCAAAGGAGGGUGAGAAUGAUGAGCAAAAGGUAUUUGAGGAGGAACAGGAAGAAAAUGAAGAAGAUGAUGCUGAAGGAGAGGUUGAAGUUGGCGAGGAACAUGUUUCGAGGACCUUGCCACCAACAAGGUCUAGAGUGACAUCAUUAGAUGUUUGUGAAGAAAUAAAAUGGGAAGGUCAAAUGGUUGGAAAAACACCUGCUGGAGAAGCUCUGUACAGAAGUGUUAGAGUUGGAGAUCUAAGUAUUCCUGUUGGUGGGGCAGUCACAUUGGAAGGUGAUUCAGGAGAAGCCAUUAUGUGUUCUGUUGAGUAUAUGUAUGAGACACAUGAUGGCACACAAAUGAUUCAUGGAAGAGUUCUGCAAAAUGGUUCGGACACUGUCCUCGGCAACGCCGCAAACGAAAGAGAGGUGUUCUUUACCAAUGACUGUUUACAGUUCAAAGUAGGUGACAUGAGAGAAUCAGUUACUGUCAACUUCCAGCUAAUUCCCUGGGGUCACAAGUGCAGAAAAGACCAGUUGGAAGCUAUUAGGGCGGAGAAGGCCAAUGCAGAGGAUAGGAAGAAGAAAGGUUUGCCGGUGGAGUAUAUCUGCAAAAGCCUAUACUGUCCUGAGAAAGGUGCCUUUUUCUCCCUCCCUUAUGAGAAAAUGGGUAAUGGAACUGGCACUUGUAGUUCCUGUGAGGAGCGAGUAGCGGUUGGUGAUGAAUUCAAAAUACUGUCAGAGACCAGCUUUGUCCUCAAGAAUGUCACAUACAAUGUUCAUGACUUCCUGUAUAUCAGGCCCGAGUUUUUCCCUCAAGUCGAGGGCCGUGGGACCUACCGGGCUGGAAGAAAUGUGCGCCUGAAGCCCUAUGUGCCAAUGGGCAGGGUCGGCAUGUGCUUCCACCCUGAUCAGGACAGGAUCAUCACUGUUCGUGAAUGUGCGCGAUCCCAGGGCUUCCCUGAUGGCUACCAUUUCGUUGGCAACAUCCGGAGCAAGCACAGGCAGAUCGGGAAUGCGGUCACGGAGACUAGUUCUUGCGGCAAGCAGCGGUGA